AUGAGUGAUGAGCCAAUCUCCGCUGCAUCUACCUCCAGCAGCAGACCCCACUUUCAGUUUACAUAUGAAUCCGAUACGGUGUUGCUAGACUCAAUUCUCGAGAACUUGGAAGGGUUGUUCACUAGAGGAUCGAAAUUAAGGACUUGGGAGACGGUCUUGUUACAUUUCAACCUGGCGUUUGGGUCAAACAUUGUUCAGAGCAGAACUAUAAAACAACGGUUUCAAGCAUUAAAGAAAAGCUUAGAAACUCGUUUUGAGCAAGAAGAAAGAAAUUCAUCUGAGAGUUUUGUAUUAAAUGAGAAUGAGACAAAAAUGAAGGAGAUUCUUGAUUUUUUACUUAGUAUGAAACAGCAGCGACGGCAAAAAAUACAAGAGGAAUCUAAUAACAAUUCAAUUAAGUUAAAUGAGCUAGGUUCGAGCCGACAGGAUAAACGAGUUGAUUUGCAACAACAACAACAGCACCAACAGCAGCACCAUCAGCACCAACACCAACACCAACUGGUGAACACAUUUAUUUCGGCUCAACUGAGUAAAGAGCAAAUAUCUUUUCCGACAUCUGCAACCGAGUCUUUUGAAAGUUUUCAAAGUUUAGAAUCAUUACAAGCCAACGAACUCGGCCAAGCACUGAAGAGGUACCAGAUAAGUAAUGCAGAUAUGCAGUUAUCUCAUGCAUCUAAUACGUUGCCUCAAACUUUUUUUGACCAAUUCCCAACUCUUUAUCGGGCACAUCAACCACUACAUCAACAACCUACACACAUCCAACAAUUCCACUCAUCAAAUGCAGAGCUGAGAAGGUACAAGUCCGAAGUGGAAUUGGACUAUGCUCAUCAUGCAAAUAUUCAUGAAAACCUUCGACGGCACAAUCUGGAUCCUUUGCCACGAAUGCAACACGAACAUUUAGCCCACCAUCUUACCGCGCAAUCGCUUUUAAAUCAAAUUCUAGUUCUUCAAAAUCAAGCUGAAAAACAGCUUGAAGAGGUGAGAUUUGAAUUGGCACGAAGACAAGAAGAGUCUUCCUCACAGCUCCAAUACUUUACCGAAUUGGUUAAUUCAAUUGUGGAGCAAAUACCGGAAAGUGAGGAUGAAAACCCAUUACUGAAUACGACUUGA